AUGUUGCGCACAAUCACACCCCGUAACGCUCGUGUGAAGCGAGUCCUUAAGAACAGAGAGGCCAAGACCGAGGAGAACAUCAAGACCGCCAUCUUUAUCCGUGGAUCCCAGACCAGUCAAAUCGUCAACGAUGCCCUCGCCGACCUCUACAUGCUGAAGAAGCCUUAUGCUGUCAACUUUACAAAGAAGAACCAGAUCCACCCCUUUGAAGACCACUCAAACCUCCAGUUUUUCUCACAAAAGAAUGAUGCCUCGCUCUUUGUCAUCGGAACCCACUCCAAGAAGCGCCCCAACACCUUGACCUUUGCCCGCAUGUUUGAUCACCAGCUCUUGGACAUGUUGGAAGUCUCGAUCGAGAAGGGAACCCCCAUGAGUGGCUUCAAGACCCCUAAGAGCGCUAUCGGAAUGAAGCCCUGCUUCAUGUUCAACGGAGACAUGUGGGACCAGAACCCCAACUACAUCAUGUUCAAGUCGAUGAUUCUGGACUUCUAUCACGGACAGACGGUGGACAAGGUCGCCUUGGCUGGAUUGGAAUACGUGAUCUCGGUCACCUCAGGCCCCUUGACCUCCGAGGGCAAGCCCGGCAAAAUCUACCUCCGCACAUACACCAUCGUCCUCAAGCGGUCCGGUGUCAAAUUGCCCCGUAUUGAACUCGUCGAGAUGGGUCCCAGCAUGGAUAUGACAUUCGGUCGUAUGACUGAGGCCAAGGUCGAUGUCUGGAAGCAGUCGCUCAGGGUACCCAAGGAGCUCAAGCCCAAGAAGAAGAAGAACAUUACCAAGGACGUUAUGGGCGAUACUGUCGGCCGUAUCCACAUGGGCAGACAGGAUUUCGACAAGAUUCAGACUCGCAAGAUGAAGGGUUUGAAGAAGAGGACUGCCCCUACCGAGGACGACAAGGAUUCUUCAGAGAAGAAGCAGCGUGUCGACGACAACGACGACGACGAGGAAUAA